AUGCGUCUCUCGUUUUCAUUCCAGCCUAUCUUUGGCACCCUGGUCCUUGUUCUUGCUUUCCUUGUUUCUCCGACUCUGGUUAGCUCUGCUGCUCUUCCUGCUAUAACGAUUUACACCACCGUCGAUGCUCCCGCGACUUACACCACGCUCACUUCGUUCACUACCUACACCACCGAGGUCGUUGUCGGAACCGUCACCACUACUCAGGUGGUCACCGAAGAGAUCCUCAUUCUCACCACUGACGAUGUUGUCGGUGCCUCCACUACUGCCGCUGCGGCUGCCUCUACUUCCACGAUUGUCGACGUAGUCGACGCGUCUACCACCAGCGUCGUUGUCGUGGUUGCCGGUGCAGGCACUACCUCGACCUCGUCUUCUUCGACUCCUAGCAGCACUUCAACCUUGGCGUCUUCGACUACCACUUCUGCGGCUACUACCGAAACGAGCUCUUCCCUGUCUUUGACUACGACUGCUCCUUCUACCACUUCUACCGAGACCAGCUCUUCUUCUACUGAGUCGACUUCUGAGAGCUCGUCCUCGACUACUACCACUCCUGAUGCUGCGAUUCCGACCACUUCGUCUUCGUCUUCGUCGUCUACCGAUUAUGCGAGCUCGACCACGUCCUCUUCAUCCUCUACCGAUGAUUUGACCUCGACCUCAUCCACGUCCUCGACUUCGUCUUUUGAGACGCCUCCUAGCUCUAGCUCUAGCUCUAGCUCUAGCUCUAGCUCUAGCUCUACCACCAGCUCUAGCUCUAGCACAAGCUCCGAUUCUAGCUCCAGCUCCAGCUCAAGCUCUUCGUCCUCGUCGACUUCUUCCUCAUCGACCUCUUCCUCCACCACUUCAAGCAACUUGACUACAUCGUCGUCUGCCGUGGCUUCUCCCUCGUCCUCAGCGACUUCGGUUCCGGCCUCCACGACCUCCUCGUCUUCGUCUUCGUCGUCGUCGUCUACUUCCUCUUCCUCUUCCACCACCUCUUCUCCCACGACCACCAGCUCUGCAGCGACCGUGACCACGAUUCCUUCUUCGUCCGACUCGUCAACCUCGAGUGAUGAGUCGACGACCGAGUCGACGACGACUUACACUUCGUAUAUCACGACUACGAUCACCUGGUGGUGGACUACUUUGACCGAGGAUCUCUCGUCUACGACUACCUCCGCGUCUUCGACUUUGACUCCUUUUGCCACUGAAUCGUCGACGUCGUCAUUGACUACCACUUCCUCGUCUUCGUCCUCGACCUCGACCUCGACUUCGGCAUCCACUUUUGCGACCUCGACCUCAUCGACAUCCUCGACAUCCUCGACUUCGUCGUCAACCACAUCAGCGGCUGCUACCACCGAGACCACUGCUACUUCCACAUCGACCGAGUCUACGUCUACAUCAAGCUCAACCGACAGCACAUCCUCGAGCUCGUCGACUCCAGUUUCGACCAUCAUCCCCUACGCCAUCACAUACAGUCCCUACAACGACGACGGUAGCUGCAAGACCAGCUCCGAAGUUGCGACCGAUUUUAAGCUGAUCCAGUCCAAGGGCAUCACCCGCAUCCGCGUGUACGGCACCGACUGCAACUCGAUGACGACGAUCGAGACCCAGCUCUCGACAUAUGGACUGAACGUGCUCCAGGGCUUUUGGUUUGAUGGAACUGGAGUCGAUGUUAUUGAUGAUGGUGUCGACGAGGUGAUUGAGUGGGGUUCGACCGAUGACAACUGGGACAUGGUUGAGAUGAUUAUCAUUGGAAACGAGGCCGUCCAGAACGGAUACGUGACCGCCGACGACCUGCUGACGAAGAUCACUUCCGUCCGCACGCUCUUGCGCGACGCGGGAUAUACCGGCCCGAUCACGACCGCCGAGUCACCGAGCUCGUUCAUUGACAACCCGACUCUGUGCCAGUCCGACUCCCUCGACCUUGUCGCGAUCAACUCGCACCCUUACUUUGACUCGUCCGCGACGCCCGAGACCGCUGGUACUUUCAACAAGGGCCAGAUCACGGUGACGAAAGCGGCCUGCAACGACAAGGAAGUCUUCAUUACCGAGACCGGAUACCCGAGCUCGGGACUGACAAACUACAACAACGUGCCGUCGCCGGCGAACCAGCGGAUUGCCAUCAAGAACAUUCUCGAGGAAUCUGCUGGCAAUAUCGUCAUUUUCACGGUUUACGAUGAUCUAUGGAAGAGUCUUGGACCAUACGAAGUCGAGCAGUCAUUUGGUAAGUUCCUUUUGCAAUGUUUUUUUGAAUAUGGAAUUUCGCAGUUCGCUAACAUUUAA